UUGAAAAUCUAUUGACAAGUUUAAAGGGUUUAAUUCUUCAGUUAGCAUGGCCGGAAAACAGAUGGUAGCAAAUUUAAUCAAGCAGAAGAAAGUUGUUAUGAUCUCAAAGACCUACUGUCCUUUCUGCACCAAGGCUAAGAACGCUCUUGCAAACUACAAGAUCAACCCAGAAGAGUACGAGAUUCUGGAGAUUGAAGACAGAAAUGAUAUGGACGAAAUUCAGAACUACAUGAGCGAAAUAACCGGUGCGCGGUCUGUUCCCCGCGUCUUUAUCGGAGGCAAGUUCUACGGUGGAGGAGAUGAGAUGAUGAAUAUGCACAGGAGUAAAAAGCUUGAACCUGUCUUGAGUAACGCUGGUGCUCUUCUGUGAAACAAUUGAUGAGAGACGAGGUUUUUGAUAAAAAAAAAAUUUCAAAUUCCGUGGG